CUAACUCUCAUCAUGUUCAUCUUCAAGUGUAGCACGAAAUGAUAGUAGGCUCUUCCGAUUCGAUGAACCAUGCAAAAAUCUGGUUCAAAUUUUGCCCGACUAAUCGGAUUUUGGCGUCCUCUUAACCUGCUUGUCAAUUUCGAGACUUUUACCCUGCUCGCUGAUGUCCAAAGCUCUCCUGCGGGCAUAAUCACUGACCAUCCUUGGUAACCAGGGUUUUGCCCACAGCUUUCCCGCCCGAUUUUCUCCCAUGCGGCACGGUGGAACUGGAUUUUCUGGAUUCCGUAUCGCGAGUCGAUCUUCAACGUUUUUGAAAUCUGGGAGCUUUGGUCGUAAGCCAAGCUCACUACCAGGAUGUUCCUGCUUGGUUCCUGCUGCCGGACCCUGGCAUCUCCCAGUUACUUCCCAAUAGGCAUCAAGAUCAAAUCAAACUACGUGCUUCCCGGCAAUAACUGAAGUAGAAAACUCUUCAAAGCCGCCAAGUUAUCAGUCAAAUGUGUCAGAGUGAGGGCGAAAUGAUGGCGUUGCUCUAGAAGCGCCUUCCGAUUCGUCUAACAAGGGGAAGAGAUAAGCAGGCACACCCAUCAUAUUUCUUGGCCGUAGCUCAAAAAAAAUAUACUGCGAUUGGCAAGCACUGAGGCUUCUGCCCGGCCACUGAUCAUCGAUCAUGAGCCUCACCUUCAAGACAAGAAACUGGAAUCGCAGCAUUCCCUACAGGAAAUCCACUCGCACUCCGAAUAAGCAAGCGAGCGACCUUGGCAAACUUGGUACCUUCUACAGCAAACAACUCAGACUUUUAACUAUGAAAUUCUCCGCCGUUUCUUCACUGAUCGCCACUGCCUGUCUUGCCCUCAGUGUUGGCGCUGCACCCUCCGCAAACCCGUCCGAACUCGUUGAAAAAGACCUCGAGGCUCGGGCGAGCUGCAGCUACGCCUAUAACGGCUCCACCGGAAGAGGCCCUGGAACCCGCUACUCUUGCUCGUCGGUUAGCUGGGUCCAAUUUUCGUACGUUUGCUACGUCUCAUCGACUACGUCCGGGUCUUGGUGCUGCUCCGGGAACCUUGUGCAGACUUCAGCUGGGCCUAUGGUCGGCGGUUGUUUCGACUCUUGAGCCUCGAAGCCGGUGGCAGUUAAGGAUGUUAUUCCACAGUCGCAUACGUAGUCCAUAAUUGUACCAAUCUAUAGUCACUUGAGAAGGGGUAUAAGUUUA